AUGACCCGGUCUAAAUCUAACCUUCUCAUUGCGCUCAUCUACGAGGACCCGCAGAUAUACCGCGACCUUGGAUAUCCGGCUUCCCACAUCUCCCAUUUAGAUAUCUGCACCCCGGCCGAGGAUGUGAUUGUCACUCUCCACCGGCUAGGUCACAGGGUCGUUCCUAUCCCGGACGUGCAAACGCUGGCUCGAAAGCUUGGUGCCGGGGAAGGGGGGCAGUGGGAUCUAGCGGUGAAUCUCGCAGCGGGGGUGUAUGGAGCUGCAAGGGAAGCGCAGGUGCCUGCGAUGCUAGAGGCCUUUGGGGUUCCGUUUACGUUUUCGGAUACAGCGACUAUGGCGCUAUGUUUGGACAAGGGGAAGACGAAGAUGGUUCUUGAGCACUACGGCAUCCCGACUUCCCCCUUCGCGAUCAUCAAUCUAGACCGAUACCCCGACAAACCCAUAACACCAAACGUCAUUAACUCCCUGACCAAAGGGUCCAGACAUGCAUCGUCACUCCUGGACCCGGCGUCAUACCCGCUCUUCGCAAAGCCUCUUGCAGAUAACACCUUGAAGGGAAUCAGGCAGUCCAGCGUCAUCCAUAACGUCAAUCAGCUCUGCCAAGCUGCCGAAGAGCUGCGCUCCAGCACACGUGCCAUCCAAGCAAUCCUAGUCGAGAAGUUCCUGGCGGGUCGCGAGUUCACAGUGGGGAUCCUAGGCACAGGCGAUGACGCAUGGGUCUUAGGGGUCGACGAGAUCGUGUGGAAGGAUCAGCUCAACGGGAACAGGACUUCCGACGUUGAUGUUGACGUGGAUGCUGUGCAGUUUGCAACUGAGAAAUCCAAGACGAGUGAGAACUGGGAUGGCAUCGCGGAUGAGAUCCCAGCCAAUCGGGCAGAUCCGUUGGUCGAGCGCGCAUGCACGGUCGCGCUGCGGGCCUGGAGAACCAUCGGCUGUCGUGAUGGGGGGAGGGUUGAUAUCCGCUUCGAUAGUUCGGCCGGGGUGGCUAAUGUUCUCGAGGUAUGUGACGACUGA